CAGAGACAGGGCGACAAGAGGCGCGACGAGAAAGGCGACGCCGCUGCCGCGCGCGUCCGGUCAGUUUGGCCGCGACUCGCUGACCGGCCUGGAAGUGUGCGCUUGCGCGAGUUGCGCCCGCCUCAGCCUCGACUGGCCGCCGGCCGCUGAGAGGCGCUUGUCUUGCCGGCGCCGUUCGAGUUGGCGCGCGUGCUCGUGUCAUCGCUGGCGGCCGUUCUUCCGCCUGUCCACGCCGCCCGUCCAGCCGCGGCCGCCCUGGAACGCGUCCACGCGAGUCGUGCCCAGGCUGGCCUGGCCCGAGCUGGCGUCGACGGGGCGGUCACGCCGAGGCGGGUCGAUGUGGGCCCGAGUUCGCAGGCGAAGUCGACGCGGCAGGACGGGCAGGCGGCUGCAGAGGCGAUGGCCGAAAAGAAGGCAAAAGACGAGGCUGAAAAGGCGCCAGAAGAAGACGAGGCUUUCCACCCGAAGGCGGCACGAUUCUGGCUGCGUCGCCGUCCGACAAGCCGCAAGUAAGCCAAGCCAAGACGAUCUGACGACGACAGUCGUUUCGUGCCGGUCGCAAUGGCAAGCAAUUACAUUUGCCGAAUUAUUCGCAGAUCUAUCCAUUUGA